CGUACUGGAAGAUUUGUUUUUUCAUACCUUUGUUGAAAGAAAAAACCUUUAUGUGAUGAUAAUCGGCUUUAUUACUAAUGUCAACACGUGGGCUAAAGUUCAAUUAUCAAGUAGGAGAAUUAGUUUUGUGUUUUGAACCAGACCCGACAAAAGCUCGAGUUUUAUACGAUGCGAAGGUCCUCGAGGGACUUGUUACCAACGACAAGGAUGGUAAAAGAAUGGUAGCUUAUCACAUUCACUUCCAAGGCUGGAAUAGUGGAUGGGAUCGUAUUGUUGGCGAAAACUACAUUUUAAAGAAUAAUAUUGAAAAUAGAAAUUUGAUGCGACAGCUAGCAGAAACUUCUAGAAAAUUCCGUAAGAAUAACAUGAGACGUCGAAAAAUUGAUAAUAUUUUAAAAGAUGCAUUUAACGGGACAAUUCCUGUGCUAGACGGGGACAGUGAGGCAAACAUGAGCAGUGAUGAUGAUGACGACGACGAUGACGAUGAUGGGCAAGAUGACAGCCAGUCAGAAAGCUUUGAAGAGACUGAAACUGAAACAAGAGAGAAAAAACGGAGGGCGACACAUACCCCUGUGAAUAUUGAGAUACCUGAAAUCUUGAAGCUUCACCUGGAAAAUGACUACGUUUUAGUUAACCAGAAGAGAAAGCUGAACAAACUGCCUGCGAGUCCCAAUGUUAUUGAAAUUCUGGAGAGUUUUAUGAAGACAUUUUGUGUUCACAUGCUGUGUGAAUCGUCCGAGAGGAAAGAUGACCGGCCAGCAAAUGGACAAGACUUCACUCUGAAAUCACCACCAAUGACAAGUAUUUCCUUGUGCAAGGAGCUGGUGGAUGGGCUGAGAAUUGCGUUUGACUUCACCCUCCCUCUGAUUCUGUUGUACAGGACCGAACGAGACCAGUACGAACACAUCAUGAAAACUGUCAAACACUCGGAUCUCGUCAAAGAAGAAAAGCCACCUGAAGUUGAAACAGCCGUGAAGAAGAUCAAAAUGUCUCCCAGACACUUACGGAACGAAGACAAAAACAAUACACAGGUAGAAAAACUAAAAUUCCGGCACGAUGACAAAAGUAAAAAGAGAUCGGAGAGACAUUCGAAGCAAGAGGAGGAAGAAAAAUCUGCGGAAAUCUCCCCAAGGCGUGUAACUCGACAUUCUGUUCACUUCGACAGUCCCAGUGCUACUGAAGACACCCCUAAAGCCAUCACUAAUUCAGAUACCCCCGAAAAAUCCACAGCUAAAACAGUUGUUAAAAAACAUGGUGGUUUUAAAAGAAAAUACAGAAAACAUGGCACUGCUGCAACGUCUUCGGUGAAGUCGGAAGUUCGAGACGAACCGUGGGAACAGGUGAAUGGGGUGGGGCCAUCAUCGCCUGUGGAACAGACAAACAAGUCGUCGUCAUUGCCGGUUACUGCACGUAAUGGGUAUGGCAGUGAAGGGUCAUCAGACUUACUUGACAGUGUGUUGUCAUGGCAACUGUAUCCACCGGAAUUCAGAAAACAGUACAAGAUAAUGCCAUCGCAGAUUUAUGGUGCGUCACACCUGCUUCGAUUGUUUGUAAAAUUGCCGGAGAUUUUGAACAAAAUGGACAUGGGAGAAUCCAAGAUGCAAGUUCUGAUGAAACUUAUUUACUAUUGUCUACGGUAUCUUGUAGAAAGGCAAGAAGAGUUGUUUGGUGACUUGCCAUAUGUUGACCACAUCUAGAACCCCCAACCCCAAAAAAGGCUUUAAUGAAUCUCACAAAUAUCAUCAUAGUCACUUCUUCUUAAAUACAAAACAUUUGCAUACCUUUUUUGAAAAAAAUUAUUUGCUGUAACUCAGGCCACUGGAAUAUAAAGCUGCUUGGUCCAUUAUAGCCUUGUAAAUUAUAUUCCGAAUGUGUUGUGUAAACAAAGGUUAUAGCAAGAUCAGCCUUGAGUAAGCAAUAAUCAAAGAAAAAUGUAGUUUGUGCAGUUCUCAGAGGUUUGUAGCCUGACCCAUCAUUGUUUAACAGUGAUUCAGUCUCUGCUCAUUUUAUUUUAAAUGAUUUUAAAAAUUAUUCUUGUGUUUAAACAAAAAAAUGGUAUUAAACAAAAAUGUGUGGAGAACAUUUUUAUGAGCUGGGUGUUUUGAAAGCAAAUCAUUAUUUGUUUGCUUUUUUAAUACUUGAGCAUAUGUAAUACCAGUAACUUUUAUAGUAUACUGCUUCUUUGUCUUUAGUGGGUUUUUGCAUAUAUUUCCGCCAUUAUUGUUAUCUAAAAAUAUUAUUUAAAUUGUUAAAAUUAUAAAUUCUUCAUGAGUUGACAAAGUUCCAUUGAGUACAAGCCUGGGGCCUAUUUCACAAAACAUCGCAAGUUUACGUCUGCGACUAGCAGUUAUUCAGGUCAUAUGUUUACAUGUGUUUUGCAUCUAUAUCAUGCAGAAACUUACAUUUUAAAGAUGGAGCAUUUUAAAGACCAAAGAAAAUGAAAUGAGAGAACUUCAAACUACAUUAGUUGUACUAUUAGUAGUAAUAUGAAUUGUGAUUUAGUCAUAGAUUUACAUUUAUGUGCAAAACUUGGCUUACAAUGUUUUGUGAAAUUGGGCCCAGCAUUAUUUGCCGUGUUUUGAAAUGGUGUCUAUUUUGUUAAUGCUAAGAGAUGCCCACAGUUGUACAUUGUACUUGUACUGGCUGUCAUUACCAUGUUUGUGUCAUUGCUAAAACAUUGCUAGUCCCAGUGAUGUUCCAAUGAUUGAUUAUAAUAAUUUAAACAAUUGGUUGGUUCUGCUCUGCUAAUGUGAUUAUGGAUUAUAAAACCCAUAAUUGAUCAUCAUGGAAGAUGUUAACCAUAAUUGUUCUACAGUUUAGGUUAUUCAAUUGAUGUAAAUAUGUUCGGGUUUGGGUUUGUUUUGAUAUAUUCAUAUCGUUUUUGAUAAUUAAAAAAACCCAGAUGCUGAAUAUGUAAUGAAAUUAAAAUCAGUGAUUUGUUUGGUCUUUUCUGGGAAUGUGACACAUUUGCACUGUCCUGUUAAUAAUAAAUCUUUUCUAAUUUCAUACAAUUCUGAUUGUAUGAUUGAAAGUUGAUGAGAUGGUGUAAACCAAUUUUAACUGAUGAUAGAUGUUAAAAGUGUAAUGAUUCCAUCCUCUUGCUAACCACUAACAACUGUCCAUUUACUACUAACAUGGACAGACAACUCAGUUGGUCCAGGACAACAUGCUUGAACCUUAAUCGGAUUUAAACCUAAAAACAAAUUGAAAUGAAAAGUGGAUAAUUUAUUUUCUAUAUGUCUGGGAUUAAUAAUUUCCCCUGUCUCUGGGUUGCUAACUAAAGUUAGCAGUUCAUAGCAGUUUCUGUCUAUGGUUAUGACAGUAAUUACUGUUUUUGGAGCUUGUAAAAUCUGUUAAUCAAGGGUAAAAUUAGUAUUCUGUUCUAAAAAUUUCAGGGUGUUGAAUCACCACUCCCACAAACACACACUCGCGCACAAAGUGAAUCAAUCGUUAUCUGGGUCAUUUCUGUUUUGGCUGUUGUGCUCUGCAGCAGUGUUAACAUUGAACCAUAAUCAUGUUUCCCAAAUCAUUUAUAAACAAUAUAGUUUAAUUCUGUGAUAGAACAGUUUGUUUUGGCUGAAUUUGUAGACAAUCGGUUAUCAUUUUUCAUUACAUUCUACAUUAACUUAUCAUCAUUGUCAUCAUACUAUAUCAAUUCGCUCCAUUUUUUUUUAUCCCUUAGAAGUAGCAUCAAUCAUCAGUGAUCUGUUAUUUGUCCUUAUGGUGUGCAAUAUUAUUUUUAUAAAGGACAUAAGUUAUUCACUUUAAUAAUACUUUUUUUUUAUUCUGUGACUGGAAAGGAAUUUGUAGACCUACAGAUGUUUUAAUUAUACAAGUUUAUGAAGAAAAAAAAAAGAUAUAUAUAUAUAUAUGGAUAGACCGGCGUGGAGGAACCCUAAAUGCCACUAGGCAUGACACUCCAAAAUUGUAUUUAUCAAAUCAAAUUAAAACUUGUGUAGACAUUUUUAAAAGGCUGAACGUGGGGAAGGGGGUGCCUGAGACUGAACCUCUUUAUUUGGAUCAGUUAUUGUAAGUUCCAGUUUUAGGCUUUUUUAAUUUUUCAAAUGUAACCAGUGUUAAUGUAUCUUAGUGUUAAACACUUUCUUGCAGAUGAGUUACCUAAUGGGAACACCAGGGUCCUGCACUUGUAAGAUGAUAACAACUCAUUUACUACAUCAUGCAGUAAACCCAAUAGCCAAUGUUUUAUUUUUUACAUGAUGGGGUAUCAUUAAACACAAAUUCUUGUAUUGUGUUUUUCUGAUUAAGCGUCAUUUGCCAGUCGUAUCCGUAUAUAAUAUGGAAAGGAGUGCAAUAGUAAUUUGUUCUAUCAUUUCAUGACAUAUACAUUUCUUCUACAUUGCAUUUGAAUAGAUUGGCUUGUUCCAAACACAUCUUUUUCUACAUUGCAUUUGAAUAGAUUGGCUUGUUCCAAACACAUUUUUUUCUACAUUGCAUUUGAAUAGAUUGGCUUGUUCCAAACACAUUUCAUUCUUCUACUUUGCAUUUGAAUACAUUGGUUUGUUCCUGUUAGGUUUUAAUAACUGCCAAUCACCCAGUAAUCUGUUUUCUCAUCCAGGGCUCACCCUGUCUAUUGCCAUAUUAGCGAAUUGCUAAUUUUUAUACAAAGUGGCUACAACAUUUAGUGUUUGGCUAAUACAAUUUUAUUUAAAUUAACCAUUUUCAAUCAUUUUCAAGGAAAUACUCAACUUAUCUUAAAAUUGGCUAAAACUAAAUUUGUUUCUGUUUAAGCCCUGCUCGUCUUGCUCGUCUUGCUCGUCUUCAACCUUUACAUCCAUUGACCCAGACACUGGUGAUUUGUUCCUUACAGUUUUCACGUUUGUUUAAUCUCAGUAAUGUAAUACAGCAUUAUUUUUAUUGUUUUACAUUAUUUAGUUUAGAACACAGAUUUUUAUAUCAAAGCAAGAUUUGUAGAAAUUAUUUAAAAUGAUAAUUACCUGCUUAAUAUGCAUACCUGUGUAGUAGUGUUGGUAUAAAGUUUACAUACUGGAAGUAGCUGGUGGGAGUUUCCAUAUUGGCUUAGUUGGUAGAUCGCUGAAAUCACAUACUGAGUGUCUGUGGUUCGAAUCUACUUAGUGGAGGUUGAUUUUACACUUGUGCACAACUUCAUUGUGACAAAUCUGGUCGAAAUUUAAAUCAGCAGGCUUUAGCUAUAUCAGUGCCAGCUCUAACCCAGAGUAACUGCGCUGCUAGUUUAAAUGGGUAGGGAUAAGCACUGACCAAUGUGCCACAAGUGGAUCGUGUGUGUCAAAGGUCACAGUAACUGUUGUCCUGGGCCCCGUUCCACGAAGCGAUCUUAGCCCUAAGAUCAACUUAAGUGCAUAUGGUAGCUAUGCGCUUAAGGUAAUCUUAGGGCUAAGAUCGCACGUAGAACGGGGCCCUGGCUGGGAAAGUAUAUAUAAAAGACUUCUAACUGUUCGGUUUUCCUCCCAUUAAGCCAGUAAUAUAAUAACCGAUAUUUUUGUAAUACCCUGUAUUAAAUCUUUUAAAGCUUUUUUCCUUAUUGUACUGUAUAGAAUAGAAUAAUUUUGUAUAUAGCUGGUGAAUUGUGUUACCUGCAAGCAAAUGUACACAUCACGUGACUGCUAAUGUAAAUUGUCAUGCUCAUUGUCACCAUUACCAUGUACUAUAGACAACAUAACGGUUGUUCUCAUGUUAGUUUAGUUUAUUCAGUAGCCAUCUUUAUAUUACAGCUGAUUAAGGUGGUGUGUGGUAUAGGCGUCGGAAGAUGAAAGAGGCGGGUCCAACAUGAGGGACUAGGGGACCUUGCCCCCUAUCAAUAUUAAAGUGUCCCUUUUCCCCCCUCAUAAUCCCCCCCCCCAUUGUGAUGCCUUUUGACGAGUUGUUCCAGUCGCUCUUUUCCCAUUAGCCCCCCCCCCCCCCCCCCCCCCCCGUUUCUGACGUCUUUGUUAUGACAGAACCGUAGCUAGUGUGUUAAUAUUGAUUUGAAUCACACAAACUGCCAAACCCAGCCUCUUUGCGCUAGCCAUGACCCUAUAUGGUUACUAUAUUAGACUAGCAAUGCCUUUGGUCAGACUGGCUAAACUUACCGUAGUAUUGCAUUUAGUGAACUUUGAUCCUGCAGAAGUGUUUUCUUAUUAGUGUGAUUUAUUAUGUACCUAUUGUAUUGUUCAUCGUUUAUGAUGUGUGCAAUGUUAGUAAACAUUGUGAAAAG